UCUUUGCCUCAUUCAUGUGCUGUGCUGUGCUGUGCUGUGCUGUGAUGAAGCUCAUUUCCAUUAAAAUACUGCUACUACUUCCAGGUGUGUGUUAUUGUUCUUUCAGACAAUAUGGCACACCAUAUCCACCAAAUAUCUGGGGAUAUCUACAGACAAACUGACCCCAUAUCAGAGGAUACACCAAAGGUCCGGGGCUAUGACUUCAACCAGGGAGUGGACCAUCGAGCUCUGCUGCAAUCCUACCUUAACACAGGCUUUCAGGCUACCAGGUUUGGCUUGGCUGUCCAGGAGAUCAACAACAUGAUCGAGAGGCGUCAGCAACCUGUGAAGGCAGGGAGUGCAUUUGUUAAGGAAGAUCCAUCAAGCUGUCCCUGCCUCAUGAGCUGCACCAUCUUCCUUAGUUACACCUCAAACCUCAUCAGCUGUGGUGUCAGGGAGAGUAUUCGCUACCUUGCAGAGCACAAAAUGGUGGAUGUCUUAGUGACCACAGCUGGAGGUAUAGAGGAGGAUCUGAUCAAGUGUUUGGGCCCAGUGUACAUUGGAGACUUUACAAUGUCCGGAAAGGAUCUGUAUCAAAAAGGCCUUAACAGGACUGGAAACACUCUGAUGCCUGAAGAAAACUACAGUAAAUUUGAUGACUGGAUGAUGCCGAUCUUAAAGCAGAUGCUGGUGGAGCAGAACACUCAGGGCGUUCGCUGGACUCCAUCUAAGAUGAUCCAUCGACUGGGCAAGGAGAUCAACAACCCUGAAUCUGUUUGCUACUGGGCCUACAAGAAUAACAUCCCGGUGUUCAGCCCUGGACUGACUGACGGCGCUAUCGGAGACAUGUUCUACCUCUUCUCAGCUAAAAACCCUGGCUUGAUAUUGGACAUAAUUGAAGAUGUAUCAAAGGUGAACAACAUUGCAGUGGCUGCCAACAGCACAGGGAUGAUCAUCCUGGGAGGAGGUCUGGCCAAACACCACAUAUGCAAUGCCAAUGCAUGGAGGGAUGGAGCUGACUACGCGGUGUACGUGAACACGGCCCAGGAGUUUGAUGGCUGUGACUCAGGGGCCAGACCUGAUGAGGCAGUGUCCUGGGGCAAGAUCACAGCAGAUGCUAAACCUGUGAAGGUGUUUGGAGAUGCUACCAUAAUCUUCCCCUUAUUAGUGGCAGAAACCUUCGCAGUUCAUGCUAAGGCGACUACUGGCAAGAAAAAUGAAUGAAAUCAAGGCCUCCUCCAAUCUUUUAUUAUUAUUACUAUGUUUCAUUCUCUCUCUCUCUCUUUGCUUCAGGCUAUGGGUUUUUCAGAAAUGUUUAAUAGACCGUUCUCAUGGUUCUCAUCUUCUGAAUUAUUACUUAUAAGAGAAGAUUUUAGAGAGGCAGGUUCAACUGAAUGCCAUGGCCUCCUCAGUUGUUCAGUCCUGUAUGUCUGGUAGCACUAGUCUUACAAAUAGCCACCAAUUAAGACUGCUCUGGUCCUUCCAGUCUACCUUCACACAGGAAUCAUUUCCCUUGACCUGAUCUGGUUUCAAAAUAAAGCUGUGUGAGUGGAAGAGUCAUCAGAUGGGCUCCCUCUCAUUAACUGGUUGUGGAGUUUGGGGGUGGUUACAAUGUCCCAGUGUUACAUGUAUAAUGUGCUAAAACUCUUCUAAAAUCUUGAAUCAAAUUUUGUUUUGAAAAAGGUGGCGGUUUUUACUGGUGCAUACGUGUUGGAAGGUGCUUAUUCAAAUGUUCAAAUAAUAUUUACUGAAAAAAACAACAAAACCUGAACUAUAGAUGUCAAUAAAAAAAUUUGAAUUGA